AUGGCCCUAGCUCCACCUCCCGAUGACUGGACGGACACCUCACUUAAUGCGACAGCUGGCAAUCACGGCGGGAUCAGAGCGUAUACCUACACCUACCUCUACAUCUACCUCUACACCUACCUCUACACCUUACACCUCCUCUACACCUACCUCUACACUGCAAGCGUCACAGGGGGGUUUGCGACCGCUGCAGCAGCCACCCCGACGACUAGGCAUUACACGAGGAGGGCGGCGAGGUGGGCAGGCUGGACAGGCUACAAGAGGAUAGCGAGGUGGUGCUACAUCGGCCUACAUGCAGGGUAA